CUACCUAUAAGUUGUUUAUUUCUGCGUUAAAACACCAUUGCCAAACUGAUUUAAAGCUCUUGUUGUGUUAAAUCCUCACAAUGGGAGACAGCUCAGUUUUUAAGGACAGUUCGGAAAAUUCUUCAAACAAAUCGAAACCGAGCCGCCCGAGGACGUAUUCGAGCAGAUCCGGGAAAAAACACCCGUUUCCGUGGUUUGGCCUCGAUAUUGGAGGCACUCUCGUUAAACUUAUUUAUUUUGAACCGCUAUCGUUGUCACCUGAUGAAGAGAAAGAAGAAAAAGACUCGCUGAAGUCAAUCCGGAAAUAUUUGACGUCAAACAUAGCUUAUGGGUCAACUGGUGUAAGGGAUACAAGGCUUGAGUUAAAGAACGUCACCUUCCAAGGUUACACUGGCAAUCUACAUUUCAUAAGAUUCCCCUCGGAAGAAAUGGAUAAGUUUGUCACGAUGGCCAAAGAAAAACAAUUCGCAACUUUAAUCGAUCUCUUUCACGCCACAGGAGGGGGGGCUUUUAAGUUUGAACAAAAGUUUUUAACGGAAAUUGGAAUAAAUUUAAAUAAACUGGACGAACUGGAUUGUGUUAUAAAAGGAAUCCACUUUGUGCAACACAAGUGUGGAUUAAACGGACAUUUUGAAUGUUUUUCUAUCUCCAACCCCCUUAGUGAUGGCCCCAUCGAAAAAGCCCCCUUUGACUUCCGAGACCCCUACCCAUAUAUGGUAGCGAACAUCGGGUCAGGGGUCAGUAUUAUGUUGGUGAGGUCGCAGGAAGAUUACGCUCGUGUGUCAGGUACAAGUCUCGGCGGAGGUACUUUCCUUGGCUUAUGUUGUUUAUUAACCGGAUGCGAAACGUACGAUGAAGCGAUCGACCUCGCCACGAAGGGUGACAGCACCAAAGUCGAUAAAUUAGUAUCAGAUAUCUAUGGUGAAGGGGGUUACGCAAAGUUCGGACUUCCCGGAAAUGUGGUCGCCUCUAGUUUUGGGAAGAUGAAUUCUGAGGAAGAUCGGAAAUCGGCAACGAAAGAAGAUUUAGCGAAAGCUACGCUCGUAACGUUGACGAAUAAUAUCGGGAGUUUGGUGUUCAGCUGCGCACAACGAGAGGGAGUUGAACGUGUUGUGUUCGCCGGCAAUUUCCUUCGAAUAAACCCAAUAUCCAUGAGGUUGCUAUCAUAUGCCAUGGACUUCUGGUCACAGGGUUCGCAAAAGGCUUUGUUUCUGGAGCAUGAAGGUUAUUUUGGGGCAGUUGGGGCUUUAUUAGGCAACGUGUUGUCAUAAUUGUAGUUGUUUAUGUAUAAACAUAGGCGCCAAACUUUUAUAAACAAAGGGGAGGCAGGAAUGGUUAGAUGCCCCUUUCAAUGGAACAACUUUGGUUCCAUUGUUUACUUAAUGAUUUUGGGUUAAAUUCCUAGGGUUUGUCUACCUUGCCACCCAAGCUUUGAUGCUAAUGAAGCCAAACUUUUUGAGAGGAGGCAGAAAUAAUUAGACACAAUCAUGUGAAACAAAUCUAACUUAUUGGUUGUAAUGUUUACUGAUUAAUGCAGUGCUGAAAAUUAAGGGUUGUUCUGCCCACCCUGCCACCCCAGGUUUGACGCCUAUGUGUUACGCAAUGUGUUCCAUGUUUUAGAUAACUAUUAUUUUUACAAAGUGCCUGUUGGGUUGGAAAAUCAAAGUAGGAUUUCAAAAUCCAAUGUUCAAAAUAUAUUAUAAACGUAAAUCAUACAUUAGUGUACGCUGGGUAAAUGAAACUUGUAUAAAUUCCUUUUAAUGCUGUAACCAAUUCAAGGUUAAUAUUAACACUUCCUAAAAUUACCUGUUAACAAAUUGAACUAACAAUUAAUUGUUAUCUAUAUAUACCUUCAUAAACACUUAUGAAUAGUACCUAAAUAAUGCAUAUAGUACCUACUUAUUUACUACCAAAUACGACAAUAAAACGUGAUCUAUUUCACCCCAACCUGUUAUAGAACUGGCACUUUGUGAAAAUGUAAAUUUUAGUAGUUUUUCAAAAUAUUUUAUUUAGAAAAAAAAGGGAAAUUAAUUUUUUUAAGAGUAAUAUACCAAACUAUCUAGAGGAUAUUGUUGUUUUGCUGAUAAACCUAUGUAUUAUGUAUAUUUUUAAUUUCGUAGUUGAUGUUUUUAAUUCACAUAAACGUUACAUUCAAUGCAUUCCCGCUAUCAUAUAUAAGUGUAUUAUAAAUUCCACCCCAUGUUUAAAGUACAGGGUGUUGGGUAUAAAUUCCACCCCAUGUUUUAAACAAUAUGUGUAAAGUAGCCCAACAUUGUAUAUGCACAGUCUAUUCUACAUGGGUGAGGUCCUAAAGUGAGGCAUGCCAUGGGACCUAAGAUUUGGUCAGAGUUGUCCCAUCACUCCACAUAAUUACCCUUAUACACUUAAAAUUAAACCCUGAAACAUUUUUUUGCAUGCCACUUUUGCCCUAACAGACUUCCAAAAUCAUAAAUUUCUCGUUAAAUAAACAUAGAAAUAUUAGAAGCCCAAAGUGAAACUGUGGGUGUGUACAUAAAGUGCCCACUAUCAUACCUCUUUUUAGUUCAACAUUGUGUACUGACUGCAGUAUGUAAGCUGGUUAUGCAUGUUUUGUCUAUGCAUUUUUAUUCUUAUAAUACACUUCGUGAAGCACA